CUUUAAUACUCAUGCUCAUCCUGUAUCCCGAGAAAAAACUGUCUCAGUGAGAAGUCUCAUCAUUCUACUUACCCUGCUGUUGUACGCGGAAGUUCGUUGUUCAAGAAAUUUUAUUUUUGUGUUUGUCAUGGAUGCUCAUGUUAGCCAUUCAAGAAGAAUUAGGAUGCCGCCCCCGUUGUUCUUAUAAUGGGCGUGUUUCCACCUCUUGCGCCAUCUGACCCAUCUUCACUGCUUUUGUGUGUUUUUCUGUACAACGACCACAUUGUGUCGCAUAGUCUGCAAAAAGUUGAGAUGACCGAGACAGUUUUGCUCUGGGAUUGUACGCUGGUGCUCACCGCGACGAUUAUAUGGACGUCGAAUUAUGUUCGCCAAGAAGCUCCGCAAGCGCAACCUCGGCACUAAACGAAGAGGACCGUAUCACAGAAAAAUGUGUUUGCUUAGUUGAUGGGUCGCGGACUUUGUGAUGGUGCAAGAAACGAAAGACGAACACAAAAUCGAAAUAAAAUUUGUAGGACCAACAUGCAAUUUUAUCAAGCAUCUAUUAUUCUGUCAUGCCCGGCGCCACCGCCUGCAAUCAAUGUGUGAAGCGAUAUGGAAUUGACGUUCGCACAACUUUUCUGGUUGAUAGACCACCUGGAACUGCGAGAGAUGACCCGGCUGCUGUGUUCGCAGCAAACGGAUAAGGGAGGUCGUGACCAGAUGGAACUACAGGAGCAAGAGGAUUUUUGUCGUGGUGCAAGGACUUCAUCUCCACAGCCUCCUCACGCAGGCGGCCCCACAGGACCAGAUGGCGCGACUUUGCCUUCCUCGCAGGAAGACGAAGAAAAAGAAUCUCACCGGAGGACAUGUGCUGGUAAAACCAAAGAGCCCAAACAACGUCAUUUAGGGCUAUCACGGAGUCCUAUGGACGUUCUGCACAUCGAACCGUCUAGAAGCUCUGGCAGACCUUCUAGUUCAACCGUUGGAGCUCUUGCCGCGGGUCAGGCCGACGGGGGUCCUCCUGGCGCACCUGCUGGGCCCGCUACCUCCAGUGGUGCGGGCGGGAGUAGAGCUCCUGUUGCGCAAGUAGUGGGGCCACGACCUCUGAUUUUCGGUGCCGCUGCGUCGUCCUCGUCCCCGUCCGCUUUUCCAUGGCCCACGACGCCGGAACAACUAGCUCGAAUGAUGGAGCAGGAGCGGAAGACGAGUCGAGGAGACGAAGAUCAAGAUGACGAGACUAGGCGUAGGCCAGGCAAGCAUAAGCAAGUACAGCGUGUGCGGACGGGGGGGCUUGACGACGCAGCGGCAAUUGCAGCGUCGAAUUCUCAACAACAGCAGCAGCAGCAGAUGAUAGAGAUAGAAGAUCUUCAUGUACAAAAAUUACCUGAUUGCAACAUGCGUCAGGAGGCAGCU